CAAAGUAUCUACCUUUUAAAGAUGACUCGUUUGUGGACGUGAAGCAAGAGGAGCACUGAAGAAGGAUGCAGGAAUGUUCUUACACAACUUCUGGGAUGCUUUAUCAUAUUGUGCAAUUUUGCAACUGGCAUGCCCGCAGCUGAUUUGAAUUUUUCUUAGAGACCGAAGUUUGAGAAUUAGAAUGAAGCAGAAAGAUAUCGUUGCAUGUCACAGAACGAAAACAUUCACGGGCGUUUGUCUGCACCUGAUGCUGGAGCUGACAGAAAUUAUGAAGCGCAGAAAAUACUGCUUUAUUUUCAAAAUAUGAAAACAUAUGUCUGCUGGAAUGGAGCGCAGCGGUCAUUUCAAACCAACACCUGGCCAUUUCGAGGUUUUGAACGCCUCGACCGGCACCAUUGUUACUUUAACGCCUAAAACAGACGAAAAACAAGAAAGUUUCGCGUUCCAAGUCACCUUAGCGUCAGUUCUCGGUCUCAUCACUCUUGCGACUAUAUUAAGCAAUGCGUUUGUCAUCGCCACCAUUUCCCAGUCCAGAAAGCUCCAGACACCGGCGAACUUCUUGAUCGCGUCCCUGGCCGUCACGGACCUUCUGGUGUCUGUGCUCGUGAUGCCCAUUUGCGUGCUUUACACGGUCACGCACGUGUGGUCGCUUGGGCAGGUUAUCUGCGACAUCUGGCUGUCCUCAGAUAUCACCUGUUGCACCGCGUCCAUUCUUCACCUCUGCGUAAUCGCCUUGGAUCGAUACUGGGCUAUAACGGACGCGGUCGAGUAUGCCAAGAAGCGCACCCAAGCGCGCGCCGCGGGCAUGGUGGCGACCGCCUGGAUCAUCGCCAUCUCCAUCUCCCUGCCACCUUUCUUCUGGCGGCAGGUGAAGGCAGGGGAGCUCACCACCUGCUCGGUCAACACGGACCACAUCUUCUACACCAUCUACUCCACUUUUGGGGCUUUCUACAUCCCUACGCUGCUGCUAAUCGCCCUGUACGGGCGGAUUUACGUGGAGGCGAGGAAGCGCAUUUUGAAGCAGUCGCCCAAAAAAGCGGGGAAAAGACUCACUUCGGCACAUCUGAGCACUAAUUCUCCCGCUUCGGUGGCUUCGACUUCUCCUUUGCAUUGUGGAAGGCAAGACCUGUGCUCGGACAGCGGGUCUCUGGGCAGUGAGAAUCAAAUUAGAGUAACUGUGUCCGAUUCACUUCUGGAGAAAAAGAGAAUCUCGGCUGCGCGGGAGAGGAAAGCCACCAAAACCCUGGGCGUUAUUUUAGGAGCCUAUAUUGUGUGCUGGUUGCCGUUUUUCAUUUACACACUGCUGGUUCCCAUCUGUCCAUCCUGCUUUUACGCAGAACUCUUUGACUUUUUCAAUUGGCUUGGCUAUGUCAACUCACUGAUCAAUCCAAUAAUAUACACCAUGUCGAAUGAUGACUUUAAAAAAGCUUUUCACAAACUCAUAAGCUUUAGAUGUUGCAGACGACAGUAACAUAGAUAAAUAAGUAUAAUAAUGUUCAGUCAGUCGGUCAUUAUCGCAAGUGAUAUCGCUGCGCUGUUGAAUGCUUGAUUCUGAUUGGUUGACAGACAUUCUAAGGUGUUGAUUGUUGUUCUGCACCUGCAGGGAUUUGAAGCCGUUCCAGUUCAUUACAGUCCCGUAUCAUUAUUUCAGUUUUUCAGCAUAGACUAUAAAAGCAGGCAAAUACACGGCCAACAAAU